UCCUUAUUCCAAACUCACUCAGGCCCUUUCUUUCUGAUUUCUCUCAAUUAAUUUGUAGCAAAGUUAUCUUCACUAAUUUUUCUCACCAAUCAUAAUGGGUAGUAGCUUGAAGCUUGUUUGCAUCUUGGUUUUGUGCAUGCUGGUGACUGCACCACUGGCUCAUGCCAUCGACUGCAAUCAGGUGAACAGUGAACUGGCUGCAUGCGUCGACUACCUGAAGACUGAUGGUGAGGGUGCUGUCCCGGCUGCAUGUUGCAGUGGACUUCAAGCCGUGGACAACUCCGCCCAAACCACAGAGGACCGCCAAAAAAUAUGCGAGUGCCUUGAAAAAGACGCCGAAUCAACAUCCGGUAUCAACACUGAAACCGCCUCUGAGCUCCCUAGCAAAUGCGGCAUAACUAUUUCUUACUCUACUAGCGGCUCUACCAAUUGCUCUAGCAUCCAGUGAAAUGCAUCUAGUGGGGAGUUGCAGACAUAGAAUAUGGUAGCGUGAGAAGAAUAAUAAGUUUUAUUUGUAUCGGAAGAUCUCUAUUGUGUUGUGUGAGAUCAGUCUGAUGGCCUAUUUUCUGGAGUGUUCCUUUUGGUUUUGUGUCGUUACGAUACCACAUCUAUCUAAAUAAAUAAUUUUCUAUGCUUCAUUA